GAGCAGGGUGAUGAUCAGCUUUUCGAUGUGGGACACCAACAGGGAGCCACAAAAUGGUAAUAUCAGUGGUCAGUGUGGGAGCUGUAUUCGUACUUGUACUGCUGUUGACGGCACUGGGCGGCUUUUUUGAUCAGAGAGGCAGAACUACAGAGGGAGACCACAAAAAGAAUGUUCAAUCUGGAGUCCUGCACUGUCUCUAUCAGUACCUUCGCUGCUCCACGUCUCCCUCACUCCCAGGUCCUCCAGGAUUCUUUCUCCUUGGCAACAUGAUGGAGCUGACACACGAUCAUCUGCCAAUUCACUUGACCAAUUUGGCACAUCGCUAUGGAGAUAUUUACCGCCUGAAAUGUGGAAACACAACCAUGGUGGUACUUAAUAGCACUGAGCUUAUAAGAGAAGCUCUGGUGAAGAAAUGGUCUGACUUUGCUGGGAGACCAAUUUCAUAUACAGGUGAUAUUGUGUCUGGAGGAGGGCGCUCCAUCUCUCUGGGAGACUAUAAUGAGGAGUGGAGGGCACAUCGUCGUCUCGUCCAUGGUUCUUUGCAACGCAGCUGCAAACAAUCUUUGCAUGACGUGAUUGAGAGACAGGCACUGCAUCUGCGAAAGGUUUUGAUGGGCUAUCAAGGCCGUGCUGUAGAUCUCGCAGAGGAUUUCACAGUAGCUGCCAGUAAUGUCAUCACCACUUUGGCUUUUGGCAAAGAGUAUGACAAGAGUUCUCCAAAGCUGCAGCAGCUGCACUGCUGUUUGAAUGAAAUCGUUGGCCUGUGGGGCUCCUCUUGGAUUUCUGCACUGGACUCAUUCCCACUGCUCAGGAAAUUACCAAACCCUGUCUUUUCCCGUCUCCUGAAAGAGGUGGCCAGGAGGGAUGAAAUCAUAAAACAUCAUCUCAACAGUUACAAGUCACAUGGCAAAAUUGAGGGUGCCAUUACAGAAUCUCUCCUCCAGGGCGUUGAGGAGCAUAACAAUGCAGAACAUGGAGUGCUCCUUACAGACACUCACGUUCACAUGGCCACUGUGGAUCUUCUCAUUGGGGGAACAGAGACUGCUGCAGCCUGGCUGAACUGGACUGUAGCCUUCCUUUUGCACAGACCAGAGGUGCAGACCAGGGUGUAUGAGGAGUUGUGUACAGUGUUAGAGGGCCGAUAUCCCAAGUACAGCGACAGACACAGACUUCCUGUCCUGUGCUCUUUGAUCAGUGAGGUGCUCAGACUCAGGCCAGUCGCUCCGUUGGCAGUUCCACACAGAGCCAUCAGAGACAGCAGCAUUGCAGGUUAUUUCAUUCCAAAGAACACAGUCGUCCUUCCUAACCUUUUUGGUGCUCACCACGAUCCUGCAGUUUGGACUGACCCAUACAGCUUCAGACCAGAGCGCUUUCUCGAAGGAGGAGGAGGAGACUCCACUCGUGCCCUGAUCCCUUUUGGAGGGGGAGCUCGGCUUUGCCUGGGGGAGUCUGUGGCCAAAAUGGAGCUCUUUCUGUUCACUGCCUACUUGUUGAGAGAUUUCCAGUUCAUCCUUCCUCAGAGCGAAACAUCUCUGCCAGACCUGAGAGGAGUUGCUAGUGUUGUACUCAAGAUCAAGUCCUACACUGUGAUAGCACGUCCAAGACCUGUGACCAAUCUCUGACCUGCAGAGGGUGCACGGCUGCUAUCUCGUUGCUCAAACAUUUGCAUGUUUGUGUGUUAAAGAAUGAAUACUUUCUUGCCUUUAUUAUUGUACACCCGAAUUAAAUAGCCUGUUAAGAGGU